GCCGACUUACCGAGUGAAAGAUUUCGUUUCGUUUUAUUGAUUUUGAAUGAAUUAGUCUGAAAUGCAAAUCUAAGUAAAUAUAAAAACUCGAAAUUAGCGAUCGACAUAAGUUUUGAAUCCAGGCUACAAAAAAUAUGAAUCUAAAAGACAUUGUGUACAAACCUUGACCCUCAAAUUUGAUUGACUGUUCUUUAACGAAAAAAACACGACUGAAGAGAUCUAAAUGAUACGAGAAUUUUACGACAGUUCAGAUGAAGAUGAAAUGGAAAGUCAGUAUCAGAUAGAUCCAGAAUGUUUGGUUCUAACUCGGCCAGAUCGCGAUAUGCAUAACCGGUGCUGCGGUGGCAAAGCAUGGUGUAUAAAGGAUAUAUGCGGAAUAAUAUGUGCAAUACUGACAUGGUUACUUAUACUGUACGCGGAGUUCGUGGUGAUGAUGGUGAUGCUGCUACCGGGCGUGUCGACGUAUCCUCUAUACAGCUACAUCAAUAUAAUCAUCUUUCAGUGUUUCGCAUUCCUUGCUUUCGCGUCACAUUUAAGAACAAUGUUCACUGACCCAGGGGCGGUACCGAAGGGGAAUGCAACUAAAGAGAUGAUAAAGCAAAUGAGUUUCCGCGAAGGUCAAGUUAUAUUCAAGUGCACGAAAUGCUGCAGUAUCAAGCCGGAACGGGCUCACCACUGUUCGGUGUGCCAGCGUUGUAUAAGAAAAAUGGAUCAUCACUGCCCAUGGGUCAAUAAUUGCGUUGGCGAGAAUAAUCAAAAAUAUUUUGUUCUCUUUACUUUCUACAUAGCGGCUAUAUCCAUUCACUCGUUGACUCUAUCCGUGUACCAGUUCGUGACUUGCAUUAAACACGAAUGGCGCGAUUGCAGUACAUAUUCGCCGCCAGCUACUGUCGUUCUUCUCUUAUUUCUGAUCGCCGAAGCCUUACUCUUCGCUAUAUUCACUGCGGUCAUGCUAGGAACGCAGCUUCAUGCGAUUUGGAACGAUGAAACUGGCAUCGAGCAGUUGAAAAAAGAACAAGCGCGCUGGGUCCGCAAAUCACGGUGGAAGAGCAUACAGUCAGUAUUCGGUCGUUUUUCAAUUCUAUGGUUCUCGCCGUUCACUCAACCAGCGCCCAAGACAAAGCUUGAGAGUUAUUUGUAUAGUGUUUAAAAAUGGACGAUAUUCACACGAUUUUAAUCACUAUAUGUUAAGGCAUAAAGGCUAUGAUCGAUCGUGCGUUACGCAUAUGGCAAUACCAAUUAUGUUGCCGUUUAAAGCAAUAACACCAAUGUUUUCUUCUAUGUGUAUAUUCAGAUGUUUAAUUUAUUUCUCUUUAUAAGUUUAAAUAACAAAGUAUAUUUACACCUUCGACUGACGCGGUUUAUAAAUGUUUAGUGUAGGAGGAGUCAUUACAUUCAAGUGCAUUUAACGUUUGUUAUAUGUUCGGAAGAAUCUUAAGUCUUGUAAUAUCGAUGUGAUUUGAUGUCAUAGUUAUCGAUGGUGUUGUAAAAGGUUGGCCACAAAAGUAUGCUACAGAACUACCAUAUAGUACAAAUAACUAAAAUUGAAACAGUUUUCAGUGAAGAAUUAUAGAUGUUAGAGCAUUUUAAAUAUAUAUUGUAUGUUGGCGAUUGGUUUUAUAUUUAAGCUGGUUACGAUGCCAACGUGAGCUGCUACUUCACUUUGAACGUAAAAAUUAGUUGAACACUUAUCGGCCUAAGUUCUUAUGCAGAUUUUUUCAUAAUUCUACUAAUAACUAAUCUUGCAAAAUAUUCGAUUCUAUUACGUAAAUAAACAUUAGUCAAUUCAAACUCUUAGAUUUAUUACAUUUUCAAUAAUAAUAAAAUUUUAUUUCUAUCGUUUCUUAGAUCUGUGGCUGUACAACCGUUGUAUCUGGAAUUAAUAUACCAAUAUAUUUUUAAUAUUAUAUAGAGGCACUGGUUUGCCUUAAAUAAGAGAUUUUUAUGAAGAAAUAUAACUUUUCUUCAGUACCAUAUCAUUGCUCAUAUUCUAAACUACAGUUUAAAAUUGUUUAAAAAAUUAAUAAAUAAAUCAAUCAAAAAAGUAUUCUUAUACUAAUAAUAUUGAGAUGAUGUUAAGUUAUAUUUAUUCUAAGCAAACUGGAGACGUGGUAGUGUGAAAACCCGCCAGAGAUCCCCUUACAAACCAGUGAACCAGUUACGAUUGCAGGCAUUAUAAUUAGAUUUAUAUAAGUCUUAUAAUAGUGUCGCAUGAAAGCCAAGAGCUGGCUCAGUCUCUCAAAAACUUAGAACUGAUCGCUAACCAUAUUCGCCAUCUAUUAGUAUUGGUAACUAGGUAAUACUUCUUUGUAUCAUUAUAUGUUCUGGCACAUUCAAAUAAAAAAACAAUUUAAAAAAAAAACGGUACGACUCGAAGUUAAAAAUACUUAUAAUUCUACUUUUGUGGUAAUCUGUCCUUAUUAUAAUCAUAUUAAUUGAAACACCGGUGUGACUUCCGAGCUCAGAUAAGUUGCUUAGUUCUUUUGAAACACCAUAUAUAAACAAAACAACUUUGAAUAAAAAAAUAAUUUGAAUUUCAUUUACGAAGUUUAUUUUAUUAUGCAACUAUUGCGUCAUAUAGUUUAAAAUGUGCGUUCCAUUUGAAGUUGGAUUCUGGAAAUCUUAGAAAUCAGGUUAUUUGUAAAAAGUAAUUGUUGAAUAGUUUUUUUUUAAUUUUUUUUCAGAACGAAUGUUCUGUCUUAUAAAGUCCCUUCAAAUUAUAAAACGCGUUGUGAUACAAGUGUGUGUAAGUAAGAAAAAUAUUGUUAUAGUAAUUUAUAUAUUUUAAAAGUAAAUUUUUUUUUUUUUAUAAUUGGAAAGUAGUAUGUUUUUCUCUCAUCUCUGUGUCCUUUUAAACACACUUAUGCACUGACACUAUUUAUUAUUAUUAUUUUAUAAAUAGUUGUAAAGUUACGUCCCGUUUUUGCAUAAGUUUAUGAUGGUCUCAGAUGGUCUGGAAAAUAACGGGAGGAAAUCAUUUUUAUUUUCUACCUAAAUUCAUAACGACGCAUUUUUUUUUCUUUGUAAAAUCUUUUUUUAAUGUCAAAUUGUGAUUAUUAGUUUUAAUAGUGAUUGAUUUUCAGUAUUACGGAUAUUUGAUAAAAAUUUGAACUUAUCUUAUAAUGAAUAUUUAUUUUCAUUAUUGUUUUGUAUUUAAAAAUCGAUUUUUUAUAAUGACAUGUGAUUGAUUAUUAUUUAUCUUAAAAAAAAAAUAUCUCUAUACGCAAUAGUUGCAUAAAAAAUCGAGUUUUGUCAAAAUUAAAAGUUCAAAUCACAAAAAGUAUGUUAAGUCUAGUAAUCUAAGUGAAAUGAACGCUUAAUGUCGUUGUAAAAGUCAUGUAAUUUUCUAUCUAUAUAUAAUACGGUAAAAGAUAAAAUUUAAUUUUAAAUUUAGAACGAAUCAUGUAUUGUAGGUACGAUCUCUUAUUUAUUUAUUUUUAAUUAAAAUUGAGGUUCUGCGUUCCUCUGAGACGAUAUUGCAAAUAAUUAUUUUUCUAAAAUUGUACGAAUACGAAUUAAUUAUUUUCUGCAGCUUUUUCAUCUAAUUCCUCAAUAAACCUUCCGUGUAACGCUUUAUUCAAACACUAAAAUAUAUAGAACAGCUUGUAACAAAAAAAAAAUAAAAAAUAUUUUUUUAACAAUAUUACAUCUGUGUCCGUUA